AUGUCGUCUUUCGGCCCAUCCCCGACCCAAGUUUGGACCGCUUUUGGGGAGAAAUGGACAGCGCGCGGAUGGGUGGGACGCGCGGUAUUGUCCUUCCCUGGCCCGCCCGUUGGUGGCACAAAACACCACCCCGAUGCCCCAUUUCGCGCCAUUUCCCCGCAAACCCUCCCACGUCCCAAGAAGAAGGCCAAGGGUCCGAGGAAGCCGCGGUCGGAAUGCACGCCGGCGGAGCUCGGAAAGAUGGACGCGAAAUCGGUGAAGAGGAGGAACCAGAGGGCGGUCAUCAAGGGCAAGAAUGUCGCGGCUAAGUUCGCCGCCGAGCGCGCUGCAUUGGAGGCCGAGCAGCGCAAGGCCGAGUUCAUGGAGAAUGUCAUCUACGAGGGUGGGCAUGGCGGUGCCUACGAUCCCAACGAGACCCAAAGUCAGGAUGGCUGCGCCCAGUACGUUGCCGAUGAAGACAAUGAGGCCCACGACCAUGCUGACUACGACCAUGGUGACUCGUGGCAUGAAGAUGAUGACAUCUAUUGCGAAGGUGAUGGUGCUGAAGAAGAAGGCAUUGAUAUUGGGGACGAGCCAUUGUUCAUCGACGAGCUCACCCGAAGAGCGGAAGCACAAAAGAGGAAGAAGAGCAUUCAUAAGGCAUUUCAAUCUUUGGAAGCAUUCAAGGCCCGGCACAAUGACAAGCCAUUCACUCUUAUCCAUUGUUGGACGCUCAUCAACAAUUGCCCUAAGUUCAAAGAUCAAUACCGUGAACUUCAAAGGAAGAGAGGCAAGAAGACGGUCGUGUUGGCCAGAGGUGGAGAUGGUGAGGCGUUGAUGAGGCCGAGUGGCAAGACCAACUCCAAGGUGGACGACAUACGUGAUGCGUCAUCCAUGGCCUUGCAUGAGACUUUGCAUGGCAUGAUGUCUCAAAAGGAUGUGAGGGACGAGAAAAAGCAACAAAGCAAGGACGAGCAAAUGGAGCAAUACCUAGAGCUUCAAAGGAAGAAGCUUGAGAUGGAGGAGGCGGCCAAGAAGAGGAAGAUCGACAUGGAGGAGGCAUCCCGGCAAAAGCAGCUCGACAUCGAGGCCGCCAAUGUCACGGCCAAGCAGAGGCAACUCGACAUCGAGGCCACCAAUGCCGCAACCAAAGCAAAGGAGGUGCCCCUACUGAGCAUGAGCAUGGACUUGACCAACAUGAGUGAGAAGAUGAGGAGCUGGUUCGAGGCCAGGCAGAAGGAGAUGUUCGACGCCGACGGCCUGAACUAG